AUGGCGUACACAGGAACAUUGAAGAAGUUCAUGGAUGGCAAGGGUUUCGGCUUCAUCGAGAAUUCGGAUGGUUCCGGCGAUGUCUUCGUCCACUUCUCUCAGUUGACCAAUGGAAGCUCUGACGACAUGAUUGUCGGAACCGAGAUGUCCUUCGACAUUGAGGAAGACGCUCGAAGUGGCAAAACUAAGGCAACCAAUGUGACGCUGAAGGGUGGUGGCAGCGGUGGCUACGGCGGUGGCUAUGAUUCCGGCAAGGGCAAGGGAAAGGGAAAGGGCAAGCGGGAUCGAUACGACCCGUACUGA